CGAGACCCAGCCGCUCCCCGUUACCCCUUCUUCGACGCAAAUUAAUGUUUUAAUUCGGACCAAACAAGAGUGUGUUUUCUCUGCCCACUUGGAUUUGAAAGCACUCGCCGAAGCGCUCGUUUCCGCCACCACGACGCCAGCGCCCCCUUGCGGCUGCGUGCCCAACCACUCAGUAUCGGGUCAUCCUUGCCACCCGGAAACACGGGCCUGUGCAGGCAGUCUCAAGUCCAUUUGUGUAUGCUGGUGAUUUCAUUCGCUAAAAUUUCAGUUUUAUCUUUUUGAAGUCACUUUUAGAAGUUUGUAGGGACUGUCGCUGACGCUGGUGAACAGACAGAGCUUCUGUGGAGGCGAACCGGGACAAACUGCGUUCCUUCUUCAGUUCUAUACUUCGGCGACGGAAGAGAAGAGGACUCGCUUGACUCACGGUAUGGGUGCCCCCGGGAGUGCCUCGGACACAUCCUCCACCAUGAGAUUGGACUCCAUUGAUUUCGACGCCAACAGCACCUGCCUGAAUAAUCUCCUCCCCUUGGUCCGCGUAGCGGAGUUGCUCACCCUCCUCAAGGACGUCACCGAUUUCCUUCAUUCAAGAAAUUUGCUGGUGUCGCAGCGGUCCGCUCCACUGGCAGCACCUCAGCCACCAACCUGGCCGCCAUCUCUACCCCGCUCUGCUCACAUGGGUGUCCGCUUCGAGUUGGGGCUCCCAUGGAGCGGCGCGGAUGAGCGGCGAGUCUUGCCGGCGCUGCCGUCCCUGCCGACGCUGCCCCUGCCCCUGAGCCUGACGCAAGGCCUGGCGUCCCUCGCCGCCGCCCAGCCCGCCCUGUCGCCGCCGUGCCCCGCGCCCGCCGCGGCGCCCCGCUGCCAGCCCUUCCCGCCCAUGCUCGCCACCAUGGCGGACACGCUGCUGCAGCACCACGCCUCCCUCAAGCUGUCCCUGAGCAACAACAACCACCCCGGCGCCGAGGACCACAAUGUGCACCAGCGCCGCUCGCCGCAGAAGCAGCGCAAGCGCAAGCGCCUGUCGCAGGUGGUGGACAAGCUGGCGGGGCAGGUGACCAACAACAACAUCCACCUGCACAACAACAACAACGAGCUCAAGAGCCACAAGUCGGAGGAGGGCUCGCUGCGCCACCCGCCCCGGCCCGACGUGUUCCGCUUCGACAGCGUGGACCGGGAGAGGUACGCGUCGCCCAUCUCGGAGGAGGAUGAGGUGGAGGAUGUGUUCAGCCCCGCGUCGGGCGCCUCCGGCGCGUCCUCGUCCAAGUCGCCGCACUCGUCCACCACCGACUCGCCCAAGAUCAGCUUCAGCCCGCUCAGGCUCAACAAGGACUCGUCCAUCGACGAGGACGACUCGGACCCCGCCGCCUCGUCGGACCGCCUCCACGGCCACCACAGCCCGCAGUCGCGGGUGCCCGGCUGCUCGUGUCAGCACUGCCUGUACGGGUCGUCGCCCAUCUCGCCCCUCACGCCGGUGUCGCCCACGGCCGCGCCCGUGUACAGCAGCUUUGAGCACUACCUCCACAACAAAUACCUGCCCGACAUCUUCAGGCGGCGGAGUCACUCCGACUCGGACCUUCCCCUGUGGCUGGAGGCCGCUAAGCUAGAGCGCGGUGACCAGCUCGUCCCGACGCCGCCCUCCAGGCCGUCAGGAAGGCCCGGGUCCCUGAGCGUGCACCGAACCAAGGCCGCCUCCCUGGACUCGGACUGCAGCACCCCGCAGGACAGCCCGCUCGACCUGUCCGUCAAGACCUCCAUCUCGGGCUCGUCGCGGUCGUGCUGCACGAGCGGCAGCAGCUCCGCCGCCACCUCCACCAGCGGCUCUCCGCCCGACCCCCUCCACGCGCCCCGCGAGGCGAGGGAGGCGGCCCGGGAGCUCGCCAGGGAGGCCUUCGAGGCCAAGGUGGAGCGCCUCGACACGCCGCCCACGCCGCCGCUGCUGCAGCUGCUGCCGCCCGGCUUCCUGCCUCCCCGGGGCGGCGCCAACUCCGUGUCCGUGCCCGUGGUGAAGGGCGACGUGGCCUCCCCGACCACCAAGGAGUCCGUCUCGCUGCGCUACAACCUGGACGUGUCGCCCGUGGUCGAGGAGAUGCCCCCCGGCGCCGACGUGGCGUACGUGUGCCCCGUGUGCGGGCAGAUGUUCAGCCUGCACGACCGCCUGGCCAAGCACAUGGCCUCGCGGCACAAGAGCAAGGCGGCCGACACCGCCACCAAGGCGUACCUCUGCGACGUGUGCAAGCGCUCGUUCGCGCGCUCCGACAUGCUCACCCGGCACAUGCGGCUGCACACGGGCGUCAAGCCGUACACGUGCCGCGUGUGCGGCCAGGUGUUCUCGCGCUCCGACCACCUCUCCACCCACCAGCGCACCCACACCGGCGAGAAGCCCUACAAGUGCCCGCAGUGCCCGUACGCCGCGUGCCGCCGCGACAUGAUCACGCGCCACAUGCGCACGCACGCGCGCUACGAGCCCGGCCAGGAGCCGCCGCCCGGCAUGGACCUGGGGUCGCCGCUGCCGCUGACGCCGCCGCCGGCCAGCCCUCUCCUGGACCCGGAGGCUGAAUGAUCGUACGCCUCGGGCCCAGGAAGCCGGUCUGGCCCUGGGCUCGCGACGGGGCGGGUCCUCCGACCCUCCCCGUUGUACCCAGCCACCCUGUUCAGGGGGUGGUCGGACCCGACCCCAUGGGACGGUUCCGAGCGCUGGGCUGGACCGGCCGCGGCCUGGGCCAGCAACCCUUUCCACAUGUGCCAUGACAGCCGGGCUCCGCAUUGAGGAGCCCUCGUUCAUCUCACCCGUGUCGUUCUCAGACACGCGAACUUUAUCCUCACUCAUGACUGGCUCUGGAAGAGUCCUCUCUAGGUCCUCGUGGCCUCUAAUUUAUUCCCCCAUUCCCCUUAGAUUAUAGUGUACAAUAUAUUGAUAUUUUCCGGGACAGUCAUGAGUGACCCCUUCUUUCAAGCGUAUUUAUUGAUGACAGUGAAGGUAGGGUGUGGCGAAUCGUUGAAAAAUGUUUGCAGCUCUGCCUGCGCCAAAGCUUUUCUCUCUAGUACCUUUCAUUUGUGAAAUGAGUUUAUUUACUUAAUUUAUGAUUCUUGGACAGUUUUGCUCUCUCUUGAAGAUCUCAUUUGCUUCUCAACAAUUGUAAACGUCAGUAUAAAUUAGACUAUGGCAUUAGUGCGCACAAUCCAAUAUAUAAUUCUUGUCUGCACAGUAUUCUUUGUGUUUAUGAUAGAUUUUGUGUAAUGUGGUUUGAUAUGAUCAGUAGUAUGAGCGUUAUUAUAAUUCUGUGUUUGACUGUAGAUUCUGCAUGUAUCUAACGUUUGUUUUGAGCUAAAUUGUCCCUAAGAAUAAAAUACUUGUAAUCACGUGUUGUUUAUGUAGUAACACUUGCUGGCAAGUGAUUAGAAAUAAAAGGGAACAAAUCGGUGAUGGCAUUCACCUGUAAGUCCAAAUUGUGGGCAAUGUAGAAAUUUUACAUAAUUUAUACUUAUUGCGAUAAACCAAAGCCUCCAUACACAUGUUUUUGUAGACAGCAACUGAAAGGUUGAGUACAAAUCACGGUUUGGUCCCAUAUAAACUCACGUAAUCAAUUUAAAUGAUCUGUGUGUUGUAAAAAUUUCCCCCCAUCACAUGUUUUCUGUAAUAUUAACCAUUUUGUGUGUGUUUGCCUUCUAAUACGAUGGUUAAACUCAACACUCAUUCUGUGUUUUGGAAUGACGCUCUAAAGUGAGGUGUAUACCGAGCUGACGCUCAAAUGACUGUUCAGUAACUAAGUUUGCUCAUCCAGCAUUCCAUUCGGAUACAUAGGAAGGAAGGCAUAUAAUAUGACAAAGUAAACAAAGUAAAAUUAUUUUGAUACUUUGGCCUGAUGGUUGUAUGUGUGUUUUGUUUAGCCUCAAGAUCGAUAACUAGAUCGGUAUAGUAUUUGUCAGUAGAAAUUGUUGUUAUUCUGUAGGACCAAAUAUAUUGUUAUUUUCAGUUGCACUAAGUGCAUAUUUUGCUUUCUCAUAUACGUACAAAACACAAUGAGCAAUUAGCCCUUUUGAUUUCAGAAUUAUAUGUCAGUGAUAGAUGAAUCUUACUUGUUGAGUUUGUAGUCAAUGUGCCUUUUGUAUUCCCCUCAACUGUUAGUCAUUUCACUUCAUGAGUUUUAUAACGCUCUGCAUCUGCAUGCAUUGUUCUGUAUCCCUACUGCUCUGUAACAUUUCCUAGUGUUUAAUUUCGUAAAUGUUGAUAGUUUCUCUACUCAGUGAAAAUGAGAUGUUUGGCCGAGUGAGGUACGCUGGUCGUAAUCUUCACAGGCUAUAGGAAGUUAUUUUUGAUAAUGCUUAGCUGAUGUACUGAACGCGCUGGGAGAAGCAGUCGUCUUUUUUGUACUUUUUUUAAUUGUGGAGGCGCGGUACGAAGGCGAAUAUCGCAUCUUGUUAGUUACCUUUUUAUAAUUUAUUAUUGACGUAACUGCGUUCUGAACGCGGAUUAGUUUCUGUCUUACUUGUGACGUACUUAUAAUGCAAAGUUGUGAAGGCAAUGCCUUUUUUUCUUUUUAACUACGACGAUGAUAGUCGAAUGAUGUCGAAUUAAUGUUUUGUUUUUCGCCAAACCUUUCCAAUGUCUGUGAAUGUUUAAUUUAACGUGAUGGUUUCGAAGACUGCUCUCGCUCUCUUUCUUUUGUCUUCAACAACAAUAUCAGCCUUUUACUUUCAACUGUCUCAAAUUUCUGUUCUUGUCUCUAUUGUAUACGAAACACGUAAUGUUUCGUAUGUCGUAAAUUGGCACACGCAGCAGAGCAAUACGACCGUGUGGCGUUGAGGUCGCUCGAGACAUCCUGAUGUGCAGAAGGAUUGUAUGGCUGUAACUGAAGGAUAAAGUUCGUUGAUGGAAUAGUAUACUGGAGAUGGACCUGUACAUAGUGUAACCAAUUGUAAUUUAUUUUUAAAUUAAUAACUGUUGUUGAGUAAAAGUUGCUUUUGAUUGGUGUUCAAAACACAAGAAAGUCCAAAAGCCAUUAAUUUAAAAGAAGUUUAUACUUGUAAUGUAAAAGUGAUAAUGUAGAUGUUAAAUGUUUUAAGUUGCGCUUGGAUGGAAGCUUACUCAUGUUUUAAUUUUUCACAGUUUGCUCAAAAUGUCCCUGUUCUGCUAGUGUUUUGGCACUGCCCGAACCCUGGUAGUGUCCUAUUUUCAAUAAACCACUCUUUCUCAUUUACACGAAA